AUGGCCGGCCUGAUCAAACUGGGCUUUACUGGAAAGACAAAAAGGGCUGCGGUGAAAAAUAAUUCUGGGGUGACUCCAGCGGGUCUGUGUGGCACCUGGGUCAAAGAGCCAGAUGGAGGCCAGUUCACUUCCCCCAACUACCCAGAGAAGUACCCAGCGGAGAGGGAAUGCAUCUACAUCAUUGAGGCCUCGCCAAGGCAAUGUAUCGACCUGUUCUUUGAUGACAAAUAUUCUAUAGAGCCGUCUUGGGAAUGUAAAUUUGAUCACAUCGAAAUACGGGAUGGCCCUUUCAGUUUCUCCCCCAUUAUUGGCCGCUACUGCGGGCAGGAAAGCCCCAUGUAUGUCAGAUCCACCGGACGCUACCUUUGGAUAAAAUUUGUUGCUGACAGCGAGCUGGAGGCAAUGGGAUUUUCUGCAACAUACAACUUCACUCAAGAUCCCGAUUUCAAAGACAUGGGAACCUUACCGCCUUUACCUAACUGUGAUUUUGAGAUGGGGGGUCCAGAAGGCAUUGUGGAAUCUAUCCAGGUAUCCAAGGAGUCCAAAGCCUUGGACACACAAGCUGUGGAUUGUAGGUGGUUUAUACGAGCCCCACCCAACUCUAAGAUCUUCUUGCGCUUCCUGGAGUAUGAGAUGCAGAACUCGAAUGAGUGCAAGCGUAACUUCGUCGCUGUGUAUGAUGGAAGCAGCUCUGUGGAGCACCUGAAGAACAAGUUCUGCAGCACUGUGGCAAUUGACGUGAUGCUAACCACUGACGUUGGCGUCGUGCGGUUGUGGGCUGAUGAGAAGAGUCGAAAGAGUCGCUUUCGCAUCCUGUUCACCACCUUUCAAGAACCGCCUUGUGAAGGGGACACGUUUUUCUGCCACAGUAACAUGUGCAUCAACAACACCCUGGUCUGCAAUGGAAUACAGAACUGUGUCUAUCCAUGGGACGAAAAUGGCUGCAAAGAAAAGAAGAAGCCAAGUGUCCUGGACCAACUGGACCAUGUGAACGUCACCAUCAUCGGCUUGACGUGUGGUGUAGUGGUCAUCCUUCUCAUUGUGUCAGGCAUCAUCCAGAUGAAGCAGCCACGCAAAAAGUACAUUGUUCGUCGGGAUGAUUUUGACCCCAACCUGUUCCACGAGGCCUUCGAGCCGCCGCACUACGAGCUGUGCGCGCUGCGCCGCGACAACUCGGCCGACGUGGACGAGCUGCCGCAGGACUUCCAGAAGCUGCGCCGCUCCUCGUCCAAGUGCAUCCGCGACCACCACUGCGGCUCACAGCACUCCAGCGCCCACGGCAGCCGCACCGACCUGAGCCUGCGCGAGGUGGCCGCCGCCGCUGCCCACGCUGACGGCCAGGCCGCCGCGCUGCCUCACCUGCCCCUCCACCACCCCGUGCACCACACCACCACCACCGUCACCACGCCCAGCGGACGCCGCAGCAUCCUGGUCAUGAAGCACAGCUACUCGCACGACGGCGCCGAGGACUGCGACCCGGACGACGACGACGACGACGACGAGCUGGACGAAGGGCCCAGCCACGGCAGGGCGAGACUGCAGAGAGCUGUUCACCGGUCAGUAUCCAACGAUUUCUGAGGCCUGUGGCAGCACGCCAUGUGUGACAGGUGG